ACCUGCCCCGCGGGGCCGGGGGGCCGCGGCGCCCUCACCUGCCCGGGGCGAGGCGUGGCGGGGCGGCGCUCGCCGAGGAGCUGACAUGGCGGAGGCCGCGGGCAGGAGCGGCGGCUGCCGGCGCCCCGCAGCAAGAGGCAGCGGCAACAUGCCUGGUUCAACUACUGUCCUCCGUCAAGAGCGAUUGAAGAAGACAAGUGCCAGGCCAAAUCCCCUGGGUUUAUUCACCAUUAACGAAGAGGACGAGCAGCAAAAGAACGGCAAUUCCAAAAGGCUGAAAGCUGAAGGUUCUAAAAUACAAGACAAGAAAUUCACUUCAGGACAAAGCAACACUGGAACUAAAACAGACUACUCGCCUAUACUAAAGGUCGAUGACAGGCAACGGCUUGCUAGAGAAAGGAGAGAAGAACGAGAAAAACAGCUAGCUGCAAGAGAAUCCAUCUGGUUAGAAAGAGAAGAGAGAGCUCGGCAACAUUAUGAAAAACACCUAGAGGAGCGCAAAAAGAAGCUUGAAGAGCAGAGAUUAAAGGAAGAAAGAAGGCGAGCUGCCGUAGAAGAAAAGCGAAGGCAGAGAUUAGAAGAAGAUAAGGAACGACAUGAAGCUGUUGUACGUCGCACAAUUGAAAGAAGCCAGAAGCCAAAACAAAAGCAAAACAGGUGGUCCUGGGGAGGAGCGCUACAAAGCCGCAUUAAUAACACAGAUCCAGACAGGCGGUCUGUUUCAACAAUGAACCUUUCGAAACAUGUUGAUCCAGUCAUUAACAAGCGGCUCUCCUCCUCAUCUGCAACAUUACUAAAUUCUUCAGACAGAGCUCGCCGUCUACAGCUCAGUCCAUGGGAGAGCAGCAUCGUUAGCAGGCUCCUGACGCCCACUCACUCAUUCCUGGCCCGAAGUAAAAGCACAGCUGCAUUGUCUGGAGAUGCAGCAUCUUGCAGCCCCAUCAGCCCUCUGUCCUACAAGACCAUGAACUGUAGGAAUACAGCAGACCGAGCAAAACUUUUUGCCUCUACUGAUGCUGUUGGACGUAGGAGAACACCACAUCUUACGGGGACUGACAAAAAAGAAAAGGAGAGAGACCAUUUGUCAUCUACCUACUCAGCCAGCUUUAAAGGAGGUCACUUCUCUUCCAACCCCAAAACUAGAUCACCAGCUCCCUCUCCAGUUUGGCAUGCAUCAAAGUCUUUGCCUUCUUUGCCUGGCACACCCAAGCAGGUAACUUCACCUGGUUCCUCCAAAGUGUCCUCUGCUCAGGCACGCCCUCCUUCUCCUGGCAAUAUCCGGCCUGUCAAAAAAGAGGUCAAACCUGAGAGUGAGAAGAAAAGACCAGAAAAGGAAGAUGAAAAGGUCACUGAAGAGAGGACAGAAGAGAGUAAAGGAACGUCGGCAGGUGCUGAAGAAUCUGCAAAUCAGGAAGAGCUUGCUGUCCAGGCAGAGGUUGGUCAAGCAGCCGGCCCAUCCCUACCUCCUGCUCCACCAGCCCUUUCUCCACCGCCAGCCCCCGCGAAGACUUCUGCAGGUACAACUGAUCCUGAAGAAGCAACGAGGCUGCUGUCUGAGAAGAGGCGCCUUGCCCGUGAGCAGCGGGAACGGGAGGAGCAAGAGAGGAGAGAGAGAGAAGAGCUUGAAAGGCAAAAGAAGGAGGAGCUGUCCCAGAGGAUAGCUGAAGAAAGAGCUCGCCGAGAAGAAGAAGAAGCUCGCAGACAGGAAGCGGAAAGGAAACGAAAGGAUGCAGAGGAGGAGCGGGAAAAGGAGGAACGGCUGCGCCGACAGGCAGAAGAGAGAGAACAGAAGGAGAGAGAAGAGAUGGAGCGUAUUCAGAAACAAAAAGAAGAGGAAGCUCGCCUACGGGAAGAGGCAGAGCGGAUUCGGUUAGAACGUGAAAAGCAUUUCCAAAGAGAAGAGCAAGAGCGCUUGGAAAGGAAGAAGAGGCUUGAGGAGAUCAUGAAGAGAACUAGGCGUGUAGAAGCUGUAGAUAAGAAACCCAAUGACCAGCAAAACGGACACAUAUCAAAAGCAAAUAUUACUGGAGAAGCAGUCAUAACAAGUCCUUUACCUCCUUUGGACCUUUCAGGAGGGCCUCAGCUUCAGCAUGCAACACAAUCUCCACACAAUGGGAAACACGUCACCUGCACGCACAUGAUUACUUCACAUCAACCCCCCAUAAAUAUGGACAGCAAUCUCAAUCCAGAGAAAAAUACAAAUGAAAAUGGAAUGUCUAUGCAGAAUGCUAACUUUGAAGAGAUCAUAAACCUGCCCAUUGGUUCUAAACCACCCCGGCUGGAUGCCGUGAACAAUGAUGGAAGCAAUAGUCCUGGAAUUCCUUUGAAUCCAAUUUUAGCUUUUGAAGAUAAGGGGACUCUUUUGCCUCAGGUAGAUAGUGUUCAAACACAUCAAACAGCAGAGGUGAUCUGAUUAUUUCUUCUGAAGAACCAAAGGUGAUGUAAGCAUCUCUGCAGUCAGUGGAGUUUCUUCCAUGCUAUGAAGGAGUGUUUUAUUUUUCUCUCCAGUUUUUUAAAGAUUUCUUGAAUAUCUUUUUUUGGGGGAAGGACUUUAGCAAAACCAGCAGAAGAAAUGAUGGGAAUAGACUUUGAUCACCUUUCCAAUAGUUUUCAUCACUAGAAAAAUCAUGCUUCACGUGCAUUACUUAAUAUGGCUUUUUCCAACAAGCUUUUUUCUGUUAGUAAAUGGAUAUUUCUGCAUUCCUUAAGAUACAAGACACUGGAAUCUGAAAGCAAUGGGCUGAUUCGGGUGGUGGGACUGAUUCUUUUUCUAAAAGAUGGGUGUUGGUUUAAAAGGCAUAAUUGUAAAAUUGGCAAAGAAUCUUUUACACUUUGUGGUUCUAAUACUUGAAAAAUAAAUACCUCAUUGCUCUACAAGUAGAGUUAAUGAGGUGUUUUAUUUAAACCUGUUGGUUUAAAUAUUAUUGCAGAGAACUCUAAUUAUGGGGGCAAAGUAUAGGCUUCUGUAUCAGGUUCUUGUAAAUGUAAUUCCUACAGGGACAUUCUGUAAAUUGAGAAUCACUAUGAUCUUCUCACGUUUUCUCUAAAAACACAAAACAAGGCAGGUUUUAAAAUGUGAAAAUUUGAAAGCGUUAUUUUUUCACGGACAAGAGGAAAAAACUAUUGUUCUCCUAGAUGAUGUAUUUAUGAAUUUUUGUUCAGUACAGAAGUAAAUUGUAUAAUUGAAUAAAUUAGAAAAAUGUGGUAAAAUGAUACUGCAAACUUGAUUUUGUUUUUUUAGUUACAUUCAUGUUCACAGUACUAUAAAGGAUGUGUACGCACACGCGUGCACAUACAUCCACACAGGGAAGUACCUUGUUCUGAGUCCUGUAAAUUGCUGCUGUUCCCAAUGAUGGAAGACAUUUCCUUUGCCUUAUCAGACUAUUGAAAACUGUGUGAAACCUGAAAUAUUUGAUUUUUGGAUGAUAAAGCAGGUUUGGGGAUUUUUUUGGUUUUGCUCGUUUCAGAGCAAAUGGCAAAUGGUCGUUGUUUGUGCUUUUUAUGUAGCCUGUGAUUUCUAUAAUGCACUACAGUUUGAGUGAUAGGAGGAGCAAUGCAGGUUGCUUUCUCUUUAGUCUGAUGCUGAUUCCUACCAUCAGUGUUCCAUCCCUCACUUUCGGUUGCUGUUGGGUAGAACACUAAAAUCGUGCACCUUUUUAUGCUUUGAUAAACAAUGCUGUUGCGGGCAGAGCUCACUAGAUACUUUCGUUGGAAACACCCACUAGGGCUUGAUGUGUCGCUCACUGAAGUCCAUGAGUACAUCCUGGGCUAGUGGAAAUGAGGGUUAUGAGGCUUCGGUUCAUGCUAACGGAGAAUGGACCAUAAAGAUUCUUGCACUCGCCUUUAGUGAGCACUGAGCUAGGCUCUCAGGCUGUGCAGCAGAAGAAAUCUUCUGAGACAGAAGCUGAAGAAUUUUUGAAGAAAUGACUUUCUGCUGCUGCCAAGUGUUCGUCUUACACAGGAGAUGGGAUAAAAGCAAUGGAAAAGUAAUGAAAAAGAGACCAUCUGCCAGAAUACAUGGAAGGGAAAAAACAGCCAUUCAGUCAGAAUGCUUUGAAUAACAGCUUGUGACACAGUAAAAUUAAUUGGGUUCCUCUCUUGCUUUCUUUAGUUUUCCAUGUACAUAGCCACUAUAUUUUAAAGUGACCAAAAUAUGUAGUUUUUCUUUAAACUGAUGUUUAG